AAAGCGCGUGCCUCUCCCUCUCUACGUAAGCCUCCGGGAACUCGGUAAAGGAAAAAAGUUUCGGGAGAAACCGCUGCCGCUGUACGUGGAUGGAUGGACAUGGCCUUCAGCUGAAGAAGAAGAAAAACUGGCGAAAUGCCGAGGAAUCUUGAAAAAAACUAAACAAAAAGUGCAACGGGCAACGAGGUUGUGGAUUUCUGUUUCAUUUAAGGCAGAUUUUUAUCUCGACGAACAGGAGCAGCGAAGAAAAACGGAAUUUACCGGUGACAUUGUAGUUUUGUUUGUUUGUUGUUGCUGUUGUUGUUUUUUCUCUGAAGGACAAGGACCUGGCUUUAAAUCUCAAGUCUCUGGUUUAAAUCAAGUGAGAAAAGUCGGGGGAAAUAAAAAAAAUUAAAAAAAAAAAACUUUUACUAAUAAAUACUCCGGACAAAGAACUAUGGCAAAGAAAUACGACUUCCUCUUCAAACUGCUGCUGAUUGGUGACAGCGGGGUGGGAAAAACAUGCCUGAUCAUCAGAUUUGCCGAGGAUAACUUUAACUCGACCUACAUAUCUACUAUCGGUAUCGACUUUAAAGUGAAGACCAUCGAGGUUGAAGGGAAGAAAGUCAAGUUGCAAGUCUGGGACACAGCGGGGCAGGAGAGAUUUAAGACCAUCACUACAGCUUAUUACAGAGGAGCUAUGGGUAUCAUCCUUGUGUAUGAUAUUACUGAUGAGAAAUCCUUCGAGAACAUUCAAAACUGGAUGAAGAGUAUCAAAGAGAAUGCAUCAGCAGGAGUAAGUCGAAUGCUGCUGGGAAACAAGUGUGACAUCGAAGCCAAGAGGAAGGUGUCUAAGGAGAUGGGUGCGAAGCUCGCAAAGGAUGAUGGGAUCCGGUUCUUUGAGACGAGUGCAAAGUCAAGUAUCAACGUUGAGGAGUCCUUCACUGCUCUGGCUCGAGAUAUUUUGACGAAAUAUAGCACAAAGCAGGGCUUAUCAGGCCGUGAGGUCAAACUCACCAGCACCACUCCGGGGAAAAAGUCAUCCAAAUGUCUUCUUUUGUAAACACCAUUAUCAUCAUCAUCUGAGAGUCCAGAUUCAGCACACUCCUAAAAUGCAGCAGUAUUAUACUUACACACAGGGAUUAUUACAUGUAGAACAUUAUGCAAAAUGACACGACCAAAAAUGUAAAAUGAUGAACCAUACAUAAAGAUGUUUUUUUUUUAGAGAUGUAUUCCAUCACAACAUGUCAUUCUACAUUAUAGCUGGGUUUGAAUUAUGCCAUGGUACACACUCUCAACUCUUGUUGGAGUGUAAGUAAGAAUGCGAAGUUGAAUGCAUAGUUAAAAUGCUAUUGGCAGUUAUACUGUCAACUGAGCUUUUGGUGCUUCGCUUUGCAAUAGAAUUUACACCAGUCCAAGAUGAUGAAUUGGAGGUGGUGAGGAAUAAAUAGUGUAGAAAGUAUAUACUUGGCCCACAGUUUAUUGUUAGUCCUUACUUGCUGACCUCCGUCCAGCAGCACAAGGGGUGGAGAGUUAAACCCACAGUGGAUUGUUUUGGACUGGAAAGCAUUUGCCCUUGGCAGCAAGAGUAGUACGUUUAAAGUUUCUUGGCAGUUUUUACAGCUUGUUUCCCUUUUAAAUAUGUAUUUUAUUACUUCCGUUUAUAGACAGCUUAAAUUGUUGUGGGUUUUUUUUGUUGUUGUUGUUUUUCUUGUUUUUUUUUUAUUUGCUGCAUUAAAAAAUAGUUGCAUCACAUCAUUGGACAGGUAUUAAAGCGGGCACAUGAAGGGCAAGUUGAAAAGGGAGCAUUAGAAGAACAGUGUUGAGAUGAUGGGUACAGAAAGGAUAUAAUGAACUGAAGAGAAAGUUCUGAGCAAGUUUUGAGGUUCUAAGGAAGUUUUGAGGUUCUGAGGUUGCACCAGUGUUGUGAAAGAAAAUGAUGUUAAUGAAAGCGUUUUCUUUUUUUAAUAUAUAUAUAUAUAAAGGAGUGCAGUACUGUGUAGUAUAGUGUCCCUACCCCAAUCCCACCCACUUUCUUCACACACAUUUUUUUUCUUGGAUAUAUUUUAAGCUGCUUUGAAUAAACUGUAAAAAAGGAAAGUCUGCAACUUUGAGUCUGAGAGAAUCUUUCUACAUUCUCAAAGAAUAACACUUUCAUACAAUAUGUGCUUCUCUGAGGAAAUUAUAUCAUGUGUUAAAUUGAUCCACUUUGUGUUCUGUACCAAUCACUUUAUAUAAAAGCUGACAAUAAAGUUUCUGCUUGUUA